AGGAGAAAAAAAGCACAUAAUCAAACACAGCUCAGAUUCACAACAGUUCUCAUUGUCAUCAUGGGCAACUGGGUAGAGAAUGAGGGACUCUCCAUAUUUGUCAUUCUAGUAUGGCUGGGUUUAAAUGUUUUCCUCUUUUGGUAUUACUACUUAAUAUAUGAUAAAGGGCCGCUGUACUACUAUACAAGAGAACUUCUUGGGCCUUAUUUGGCAUUGGCCCGGGCACCUGCAGCAUGUCUGAAUUUCAACUGCCUAUUAAUUCUGCUUCCUGUCUGUAGAAAUCUGCUUUCCUUUCUCAGAGGCUCAAGUGCAUGUUGCUCAGUGCGCGUCAGAAGACAGUUGGACAGAAACCUGACAUUUCACAAACUGGUGGCCUGGAUGAUUGCACUACAUACUGCAAUCCAUACAAUUGCACAUUUAUUUAACGUUGAAAGAUUGGUGGAUGCACGCACUGAAGAAAAUGGAAGCAUUAAGGGUGCACUGUCUGAUCUGGGUGACCAGCCAGGUGAAAGUUACCUGAAUUUUGCCAGAAAAAAAAUUUCGAACCCUAUCGGUGGCCUCUAUGUGGCAUUUACGACUUUGGCUGGCCUCAGUGGUGUUAUCAUUACAUUGUGUCUAAUACUAAUUAUCACAUCAUCUACCAAAACCAUUCGCAGAUCAUACUUCGAAGUAUUCUGGUUUACUCACCAUCUGUUUGUUAUUUUUUUUGCUGGUCUUGUCAUCCAUGGAUUUGGAAGAAUUGUACGUAGGCAGACCAGUGAGAGCUUUUCAGUACAUGAACCAAAAGGUUGUGCCAAAAAUUACACAGUCUGGGGGGAAAUAUCUUCAUGUCCUAAACCACAGUUUGCUGGAAAUCCUCCCAUGACAUGGAAAUGGAUCAUUGGCCCUAUGAUUCUGUAUGUUUGCGAGAGACUGGUGAGGUUUUGGCGCUCACAGCAAAAAGUGGUUAUUACAAAGGUUGUCACACAUCCUUUCCAAACCUUUGAGCUCCAGAUGAAAAAGAAAGGCUUUAAGAUGGAAGUUGGACAGUACAUUUUUGUCAAAUGUCCUGAAGUAUCUGUACUGGAAUGGCAUCCUUUCACACUGACUUCUGCCCCUGAAGAAGAUUAUUUUAGCAUUCAUAUACGUGUUGUAGGGGAUUGGACAGAAGGUUUGUUUAAAGCUUGUGGCUGUGACAAAGAACAACUCCAAGAAGCUUGGAAACUUCCUAAGAUAGCUGUUGACGGUCCCUUUGGUACUGCUAGUGAAGAUGUAUUCAGUUAUGAAACCGUGAUGCUUGUUGGUGCGGGCAUAGGGGUUACCCCUUUUGCAUCAAUCCUCAAAUCUGUGUGGUAUAAGUACUGCAAUAAUGCUAUGGACCUACGACUCAAAAAGAUCUAUUUUUAUUGGCUCUGCCGAGAUACCCAUGCCUUUGAAUGGUUUGCUGAUCUCUUACAAUCAGCAGAGGCUCAAAUGCAAGAAAAGAAUCAGACAGAUUUUCUCAGCUACAACAUCUAUCUUACUGGCUGGGAUGAAUCUCAGGCAACUCAUUUUACAAUGCAUCAUGAUGAGGAGAAAGAUGUGAUUACAGGCUUGAAGCAGAAAACUCAAUAUGGAAGACCAAAUUGGGAAAAUGAGUUCAAAACAAUUGCAGGCCAACACCCAAAUUCCAGGGUUGGUGUUUUCCUAUGUGGACCUGAAGCCUUGGCUGAAACUCUAAAUAAAAUGUGCAUUAAUAAUUCAGAAGCUGACCCAAGAGGCAUACACUUUAUAUUCAAUAAAGAAAAUUUUUGAAGAUGUACUUACGAAAUGUAAUUUAGCCAUGGUGAAUUAAUUGAAAUUAAUGAGAAAUUAAUAUUUCAUUGGAAUUUUGUUAAAAGUUCCAGGUGUGUUUGAUAUUAUGUACUUUAGAGGAAGAAUAUACAGUUUUAAACUGACCCUUUUUUAAACCCAUGGCAAGUCUUCUUAAAAGGUUUAGGAUAUAUUAGCAUUGUCAAAUAAAGAUUGAAUUCAUAUAUUGUGUUAAACCAUAAAGGAAUUUGCAUUGUUUUAUGUUAGUGUGUAAUCCAAAUAUAUUGUGGAUUACAAAAUAGGUUUUAUGGCAAGCUGGGCAAUAUGCAGACCAUGGACUCUUUUGACUCCCCCAGCAUGCCAAAAUCUGAUCCAGAGUUAGUUCCUUAUUCAAUCACAGAACUCAUUGAAUGAUUUUGAACCAAUCACUGUCUCUCAACAUUACCAAUCUCAAUAGGUUGCUACUGGUAAACAAAGGACAGACAGUGUAUACAAGCAGCACUAAAACUAUAGCAAAAAUGUUCUAAGGUGCUCAGUUACAACACCUCACUCAUUAUAAAUCUCUUGAGACUAUAUGAAUAAAAUUUUGUAAUCACUGCUUCAGGCACUUAGAUGUGUAUUUUGUGUAUCUCUUAGAAUAGAAAUAGCACACCAGAAAAUGAAAACUCUUCUUGGUAUAUUUUCAAAUUAGGAGAAUUAUUAGAGAAAGGGUUUAAAAUACUGAACAUCAGAAUGAGAUUAGCUGUAUUCCAGUCCACAUUAGAGUUUGUAUGAUAUAUCCCAGAUGGAAAUCAAGCAGGUAUCUAGUUGUACUGGUUUUUGCUGCUCACUAAAGAACAUUCCUCAGCUCAAUUUAAUAUCUUAUCCUACAAACUAUUUAGCUCACAAGUUUAAAAGAAUUUGUCCUUGCAGCAAAUAUGUUGUUGAGACAUAUAAUAUUUGCUAUUACACUGCUCUGAUUUUCAGGGCAUUUGGCAAAUCUAAUUGUCCCUUUACUGAUACAAUUAACAGGACAAAAUGAAACUGUUAUGGCCCUCUUUUUGUUAGAUGUGUAAUAUUGCUAAUGUUGCCAAAUUUUGCAUAGCAGAAAUAAGUUUGGCAGACAAAUAACAUCCCUGGAUACAGAGAAAUGAAUUGAAGGAUCUGAGGGUUUUUUAAAAAUCAUUAUCAUUGAUUGGAUAGUGCUUAAUUGCAUUCUUAUCCUGAUCAUUGAUUGAACAAAUUUAUUUCCUGUUUUUGUUAUUAAUUUUAUGAAAUCCUAGCAAUUUGUCAUAAAAAUCUACUGGGAUAUCAUUGAAUUGCUGAAAUGUAUUUUAAUAAACUAAUAGGCCAUUAGUUUAGCAUUUAGUAAAUAUAUUUCUUAGCAGUAUUUUAUUACUAAAACUAUUAAUACAGUACUUAUUGACCACUUAAAUGUUAUUUCCCUUAGUAUCCAUUGACUGAAUUCAUAUUCUGCUUUACCUCUCUUUAUUUGUAUUUUAUGUACUCUUUCUAUUCUUCUUAAUCCUUUUUUAUAUUUUAUAAUUUUUGAUGUGAAGUUGAAUAAAAUUUCUAGUCAAAUACUAGUCAAUGAAUUGGAAGGUCCCUUCCAACUCUGUUGUUAUUUAUAUUUUAUAUUUUAAUUCUUUACAAUAGGACAUAAUUAAAUUUUGAUGAUUUUAAAAGAGCAGUCCCCCCCCAAAAAAAGACCCCACUGUAACUUAAAUCUAGACUUGACUGAAUUGUGUUCAGUGUUGUUUUUUUAAAUGUUAACAAUUCUGGAUCAUACAAUAUAAUAAAAUGUUGGUAUAGUGUGUUCCUUCCAAUACCAUUCAUGCAUGUUUAUUUAGAGUUCAGUAGCAGUAUAUUCUGGGCAGAGGAUAAGGAGUUCUACAAAGUGUAUGUAAAUAAGGGCUGCAUAAAUCAUAUAAUAGAAAUAAAAUUCUUCUUUUCAAAAUAUUAAAACA